AACUCUCAUUUCAUUCUGCCAUGCUGCCCCUGCCAUGGCCCCCCUACUGUGUUUCCGCUGCUCCGCUCAUCUUUUCUCCCUUGCAGGCAUGGUGUUUCGACCUCGCACGUGCAUUCGAUCCUGCAGUUGCCCACUCGUACUGCUGGGAUACGAGCCCUACGUUUGCAGUCGCUGAUGUGUGGACGGAGAUGCGGUACCAGGGCAGCACUCUCGAAUACGAUCAAGACGCGCAUCGAGCACUGCUCGCUGACUGGGUGAAGGCAGCGCGAGGCACACCUCACAUGAUUGACUACACCACAAAGGGCAUACUGCAGGCGGCAGUGCAGAACUGCGAGUACUGGCGACUCAUUGACCCCCAGGGCAGGCCUCCCGGUCUCAUCGGCUUGCUGCCUGGCAAGGCAGUCACGUUCGUGGACAAUCACUCCACGGGCUCCACACAGCAGCACCUCAUGCCUUCCCACCCCGCCCGUUCUCUCCCCCCUGUGCAUGCUUCCUUUCCCCCCGGCCCAACACCAGGCAGUCACGCAGUCACGUUCGUGGACAAUCACUCCACGGGCUCCACACAGCAGCACCUCAUGCCUCCCCACCCCGCCCGUUCUCUCCGCCCCGCGCAUGCUUCCUUUCCCCCCGGCCCAACACCAGGCAGUCACGUUCGUGGACAAUCACUCCACGGGCUCCACACAGCAGCACUGGCCAUUCCCCGCCUGGGGGGUCACUCUGGGGUGAGAGGGGAGGGAACCUGGGAAGGGCGGGGGCAAGGCUGGGAUAGGUAUAGUGAGGCUGAGAUGAGGGAAGGUAGGCUGGGGCAUGAAGACAAUCACUCCACAGGCUCCUCACAGCAACGCUGGCCCUUCCCUUCAUGGGAGGUCACUCUCGGCUACGUGUACAUUCUGACCCACCCGGGUGUGCCGUGUGUGUUCAUUGACCAUCUCUAUGAGUGGAACCUCAAGGACCCAAUUCAGAAGCUGCUGGUGAUCCGGCAGCGCAACGGCAUUACAUCGAGGAGCGCCAUCCGCAUCAUGACGUGCAGCACGCAGCUCUAUGUGGCGCGCAUCGGCACCAACGUGGAUGAUGACAGGCUGUUCCGCGGGGUCGUUGUGAAGCUUGGACCUUCUUUUGACAUGCACGGGACUGCACCAGGUACAUGA